AUGUUGCCCGCCCUCUACAAAUUCGAACAACAUUCAAAUAUCUCCAACAAAAACAAUAUUCUGAUGGUUGCUGGGCUAAAACCGCUAAAUGAUUGGCGUUCUUAUACUCUUGAUAAUCAUCCGGGGUUAUUGUUAAUACGAAACCCGUUUACAGAACGAGGUCAGCGUUAUUGGAUUGCUCGCUGUCUGCGAGACUAUCCGAGAACACCAAACAAAGUUAAUUUAAAUGAAAGGCUGUUCCCGGAUUCAGCUAGAUCUGACUGGUGGAAAGAGCUUCAUCAAUGUGCCAAUAUCAUUGAGAUGCAACGACUAAAAUUUGCGAUGCGUUGGACAACAUUUGGUUAUCAUCAUAAUUGGGACACCAAGAUUUACGACGAGUCUAUGCGUUCACCAUUUCCAACUGAUCUGAAAAGCAUGUGUAUUUUUUUUUCAUCUAUUUUGGGCUUCAAUAAUUUUAAGCCCGAAGCUGCUAUUGUCAAUUACUACCCAAUUGGCACAAGUUUAUCUGGUCACACAGAUCAUUCUGAACCUAAUCAUUCUGCUCCACUGUUUUCUUUUAGCUUUGGACAGACAGCAAUAUUUUUCAUCGGUGGAAAAACUAACGAUGAAAUACCAACCGCAUUGUACAUCCACAGUGGUGACGUUUUAAUAAUGUCAGACAAAUCCCGUCUCUGCCAUCACGCAGUGCCACGUAUUAUCAAAACAAAGGUAUCUUGGACUUCGGAACUGCCAAUUGAAAACAUCGAAACUGAAAUAAUCGGAAAAAACUUAUUGGAUAAUAUCUUGUAUCAGAAAGUGGGCGAGUGGAAUUUCUGGAAACCGUUUUCUCGUUAUCUAGAUGAUUCACGAAUUAAUAUUAAUGUACGACAAGUGCUCAAACCAGGCGAUAGUACACUGUCACAAAAUAAUACUACCUUGUAAUAUAUUAAUGUA